CACGUGACACGCCGCAUCAUCCCUUGUUAGUUCUUACUUUUCCGCAUCUGUCUCUGGUUGUUCAUUCGCUAACUUUAGCCAUGUUUCCCCCAAUUUAAUUUGUUUGACAUUUCAUAUAGCAGCAGGUCGUCUUGUGUGACAGUCGGACGGAUUACUGUGUUACAUGUUGCUUCUUCUGACAGCCGAACAGUGUCUUCUUCCAUCCAGAAACAAGAGAAGAAGCGAGCUAGCCUCUUGCAGCUAGCCAACAGCUGUUAACGUUAAGCUUUCAGGAGAAAAACGUCGCUUUGAGGCAGCCAACCAGGUACCAAGAUGUGAACCUGCAUGCCCUUAAGAGCUUCUUGUCGUCAGCUGUCCAUGGUGCUGAAGAGGAUACAUUCUAAAGUAUCUCAUAUAUAUCUUCUAUGACCUACGACUGUCUGCCCCGAUCAGAGGAUGUAUCCGCCUUCCAAAAAGGACUUCAUCGCUCUGACACUCAGUGAUCCGCACAGUCACACGUACAACAACGGCAAACACCGGAGACAGUCCUGCUGGAGGAAAUGGAAGCAGCUGUCUCGGCUCCAGCGAAGCCUGAUCCUGUUCCUGCUGGCUCUGCUGCUCAUAUUUGGACUGCUCUCCUAUCCCAGCAUAACAGAGCAAUGGAGAGGGUUGUCUGACAAGGAGGACUGGCUGGAGCUGAAUGACAGAGAGUUGAAGACCAUUCCUCUAGGUGUGAAGUCUAUAUUGGGUCAAGCUGCAGGUAAAGUUCUGGUUCCUGUGGCAGGGCCGGCUGAAGGGCCGGCCGUGGGGCCAGCUUUGGGGCCAGAUGCAGGGCCAGAUGCUGUGGUGGAGCCCAGAGGACCAAAUGUCGCCAUUUUGGCUAAACCUCCCACUAAGAAAAAGACAUUCCCAGGCAAGAGAGGUCCACCAAGCCUGCAGAAAGAGGGAAAUAUGUCAGACACAGUCGGUGGGAAAAAGCAAGAGGUGGUUCAAGAUGAAGGAGGAGAGGAGGAGGACAAAGAAAAAAAGAUUGUCAGCUGGAGAGGAGCAAUGAUCGAAGCUGACCAGGCCACAGAGCCUCCACCCUCAGCCAAUGAGAAAGAAGCUGCGGUGCCCCCGGUCCAAGCCAACCCUGCUGACACUGUCCCACUGGAAGUUUCAACUGGAACUGUGGACAGGCUGGAGGCAGUACGUGAUGCCUUCAGACAUGCGUGGAAAGGCUAUAAGGACUACGCCUGGGGUCACGAUGAACUCAAGCCCAUCUCCAAGUCUUUUGGCGAGUGGUUCGGACUGGGUUUGACGCUUAUUGAUUCUUUAGACACCAUGUGGAUUUUGGGCCUAAAAGAAGAGUUUGCCGAAGCAAAGAACUGGGUAGAGAAAGAGCUCACCUUCAGCAAGAAUGUGGAUGUGAAUCUUUUUGAGACAACCAUCCGUGUCCUUGGGGGCCUGCUGAGUACCUACCAUCUAACAGGAGACCAACUCUUUCUAGAGAAAGCUAAAGAUCUCGGGUCCAGGUUGAUGCCUGCCUUCAAAACUCCCUCAAAGAUCCCGUUCUCAGACGUCAACAUUGGGAAGGGAACAGCCCACCCCCCUCGAUGGACAUCAGACAGCACACUGGCUGAGGUCACCAGCAUUCAGUUGGAAUUCAGAGAGCUAAGCCGCCUCACCCAGGACCCACAGUAUCAGGAGGUUGUGAAUGAGGUAAUGAAGCUGGUCCAUAAGCUGCCAGGCAAACAAGACGGUCUGGUGCCCAUGUUCAUCAACACCAACAGUGGCCAGUUCACCCACAAAGGAGUCUUCACACUUGGCGCCAGAGCAGACAGCUACUAUGAAUACCUGCUCAAACAGUGGAUCCAGGGAGGCAAGACGGAAGACGACCUGUUGGAGGACUACCUUCAGGCCCUGGAGGGAGUGAAAAAACACCUUGUGAGACAGACGGGGCCCAGCAGAUUGACCUUUGUUGGAGAGUUGUCCCAUAACCGCUUCAACCCUAAAAUGGACCACCUUGUGUGCUUCCUGCCAGGAACCUUGGCGCUGGGGGCCCACAACGGCCUUCCGGGAGACCACAUGGAUCUGGCUGUGGAGCUCAUGGAGACAUGUCACCAGAUGUACAAACAGAUGGAGACUGGGCUGAGCCCAGAGAUCGUACACUUCAGCCUACAAGCCAGUGACGGGCCUGACAUUGUUGUCAAGCCUGCAGACAGACACAACCUGCUGAGACCAGAAACGGUGGAAAGCCUGUUCUACAUGUACAGAUUCACUAAAGACCCCAAGUACAGAGACUGGGGAUGGGACAUACUGCAGAGCUUCAAUAACUACACUAAGGUAUCUGGUGGUGGCUACACAUCCAUUAACAACGUUCGUGACCCCGUUAACCCCGGGCCCCGGGACAAGAUGGAGAGUUUCUUCCUGGGUGAGACGCUGAAGUACUUGUAUCUGCUCUUCUCUGACGACAUGGAGCUGCUUGGUCUAGACAAGUAUGUCUUCAACACAGAGGCCCAUCCUCUCCCCAUAUGGCCCUCUCCACCCAAAUGAUGUCCCCAUAAAGGAGAUGUGUGUAAAGAUCAGGCCCACAGUCAUGUAUGAGUCAAAGACUGUUAUUGCUGCUCAGUUAGGCGUCUCUUAAGCAACCGUCCAUGCUGGACUGCUGUGUUGAGCAUUAAAGCAGAUCUGUGCCGUCCACCUGUACUUUUUUAUAUGUUUCCAUGUGGAGGAGUUUAUUUGGUUUUUGGUUUUUGUCCUUUGACUUUAUUUUUCCUAAGGAAAAGGUUUGUGUUAGAGCUGGUCUCUAAUGUAAAAAACUUUUUAAAAAUCACUUCUGACUAGCUGGCGCUAACAGCAGACAAGAAAAAGGAUAGUGUGAGGGCUUUAUUACUUGGGUGAGUGGGAUAAUUCUUGUAUGGGUGUAUGGAUGUAUGUAUGUAUGUGUUAACAACAAUCAUGCCAUCCCUGAGUUUUUCUUUACCAUGUGAGGUGAAAAUCUUCAUUAGCCCUCCUUAGUCAGGUGUCAUGGCUAUGAAGGAGUCCACAAAUUCAUUCACAGUUUGAAGGUGCAGUAUACAAUAAUGGAAAUAUAUGGAGCAUGUUCCGCUAAAUUUAUAUUUAAACAGAUUGCUGUAGUGGAGGUAAAAGUCUUUACUUUGGCAACACCCAGUGCACUUGCUCAUGUUUAAAAAUGUCAAAAAGAAGAAGUUAAAUUAUACUUUUUAAUCCCUUUUGGGAUGUCUGUCCCCUGUAUUGUCCCAUCCUAAGUGUUAAGUAGCAGUGGGCAGCUACAGUACAGUGUCCAGGGACCAAUUUCAGUUCUGAGGCCAGUGCCUUGCUGAAAAGCAAAGGCAGAGUAUUCCUAAUACCUAACAUGCAUGUCUUUAAUUAAAUAAAGUAUUAGGAAGUUUAUGACUAGCAAACUAGCCAUAACCCAGGAGGUACACAAAUGCAAUUAUAUAAAGCCUUUCUUUGUGAUGUAUAAUACAUCUAAGGCCGUUUUGUUGUCUGUGUAUGUAUUUGUUCUCCGUCACAAACCAACUUUAUUUUCUUGCUUUCUGAUUAAUCCAGCUUCCAGGCGUUGUGCUGAAUAGAUUCCAAUGGCAUGUUUUCCAGACUCCCAUUUUCUGGCAAAAACAGAGUUUACUAGAUUAUGGUUGUCUUCUUUUGAGACCACCAGAUUAUAACACUGGCUAUAAUGGUUAUUGUUACCAAGACAGAGCCCCACAAUGCAUUGCACGUACAGUAACUUAAAAUGGAUUACUUAUUGGGCACCACUGUCGCACAUGUAGCAGUGAUUCUUUAGAUACUGAAAGCUAAAAAGUUAAAGAAGUUAAAGCUUCCUGCACAUUCACACUUUGUAGUUGUUGUUUGUUUUGUUUUUUUAAGGGAAAUCUGGUUGUUGUUUACUGAUCUUUUCAUUUAGUGUGGCAGUGACAGAGUAGUCGUGGGGCUUAAGUCGUGUUUACAUGACCUAAAGGUUUGAAAGUAAAACAUAUAUAAAGGUCUAAUGAAUGAAUCAGUCCUUAAUGAUUUUCCGUCGGGGCUGUACACAUAAUGACAUCUUGUUUUAUCGAUGAAUGUAUACAUUUGUUCUGUGAUUUGAAAAAAAAAAAUGUUUUUAAUAGACAUUUUGUCAGAAAGUGCAUUUACAUGCACUCUAGUUCCCCGAGUCUCAUCCUGGUUUCGAUUUUAAAUUUGGUAUUGUAUUCACACUUUAUUAUUACUUUACAUUACAUGAAGGGGAAUUAAUCAAGGCUGCCGUGCAGUCUUAAAUUUGCAGUUGUUUUUAAGUUAGAUCAAAGUAAACCAACUCAGCACAUUACCAUUUCCUGUGUCAGGGACAUUAUACAUGCAUCUGUUCGUUCAUCCUCUUUUCAGGGCGACCUGCUUAAAAAAAUUAAGUUUGUUGAAUUGUUUCCUUCAUACUUGAAGGAGUUUGAUUAAUUGCUGUUUAGCAAUCCCUGACUCCCUGUCAAAUGUGAUGUAGAGCAGUGUGGGGGGGCGCUUGUUUUCCGUACUCAUAACAUUGGCAAAUCAAUUUGAAGGACAUAUCCGGUGUACUGUAGGUGCUGCGUUGAAGAUGGCGGAACCCACACUCUGUUAUUCUACAAUCACUUUCAAUUCUUCAGUCCAAACAGGAGCUACAUUUUGCAUCGUUUUUCCACUGUUAGCGGUUUAAAACAGCCUGUCAUGUUGAAGUUCAACCUUCUUCUUUUGUUAAUGAACUUCUGUCGAACAGAGAGCCAUAUACUGACCCACAUCUUUGAAUGUGCACUACAUUUGCCAAUGCUCUGCUGUGCCUAUUGAAAUGUAUAUUGUGCUACAGUGGUUUGGUUCUGUUUUUUUAUUGCUGCUGUAUCAGUGGUGUUUAUUGGUGAAGUGCUAUGAGUGAAAGUUAGAUUUCUGGCUUGUAUUUUUACUUUGGAUGGGUGGGUGACGAAACAAUAUGGGUGUAAAUAUUUUGUGUAAAUUGUUUCUAACUUGUCUACUGAAUCCAAUCCCUGCUGAUUAUUGAGCCCUUUCUGGUCUUAACAUUCUAUGCCAUCAUGUCAAAAAAAGUUCCGCUUUAAGAAGGUCAGUUUUUGUUUCUACUCAACACUGGCUGUUUUUCUAUUUUUCACUGCAAAUUUCAUGGCAAUCCAUCCAAAUGUGAACCUCAUGGUGGCACUAGAUGAAAAGUCAGGGGAUCACCAAAGUCAUUAAGGUUCAUCCUAUGGGGACCAUGGUACAAAAUAUCAUGGAAAUCAAUCUACAUUUCAGUCAGGACCAAAGCUCAACCGACCAACCGGCAGACCGACACUGGCACCCAUAGAGCCUUGCUGUUAGCGUGGAUAACAAUGACAAGACAUUAGGUUUCUGUUUAAUUUCUAUAUUCGCUCACAAGCUGUAAGGUAAAGAGUAUUGCUGGAGUUCAAUCCUGUAAGCAUCUGGCAUUAAUGACAGUUUAACAUUUAUGGAGACGGAUGUCUGAUAAUUGAGGGAUUUUCACACUGCAAGGGGAAAAAAAAAAAUAUCCUAAUUAGAAAAAAAUACUUUUUUUUGUGAGAAGAACAUCUGUACUACAACUUGAAAAUGAUUCAUUCACAGUAUUUCAUGGUUUAUUAAACCAAUUUUUCAUUCCUGGUGCAUAAGAAAUUAUCAUUAAAUGAGAGAUUCAUUACAGUGCUGGCUUAAGAAGGUGGAACAAGACAUGCAUCUACUGUGUUUCUCUAUUAACCUUGAGUGUUAAUGUGACCACAAUCAAACCAGACUUGACCUGUAAAGGAAGAGUUACGGUGCUACAACUGUCAUUAGGUCCCAUCAUCUAGCGUGGAUGGUUUGUGUGACUUUCACAAAAAAACAACUCUGGGUACUUUUUAAAUGUGGUGCUGCUUUGUAAAAUUGCCGACAUGUUUACGGAAUGAAGUCCAUCUCGGAAAGCGGCUACAGAUGCUUAAUUGGAAAUGGCAGUAAAAACUAAAGCCAUUCCAUCACCACAUCACACGCAUGGGUGAGGAAACCAAACUGAAUCACUCAGUGGAAAUCAGCCAUACCUCUUAACCAAUGUGAAUUUGGUUUGGCAAGUGGAAUAUUAUCACUUUAUUUAUGCAUAACUAAAUCUGCCAGAAACCUUUCACAAUUUAAAGGUGGUGUUCUAUAUUUUUGUUGAAAAGACCAAAACCAACAAUGUGUUAGUCAGCCUCUCAAUACUCAAUACCAGCCCCAAGCCCAUUGGUUCCCACUGAGGAUGUAAAUCUUCAAAAAUUGCUCACAAAUAUAAAGUCUUGUUUUAAAAAAAGACUCAGUAAUUUCCUAAAACAGCUGGGCACUGUAGUUUUUAACAAACGUUACUCAAACAGAUUUGUUAGGGACUAUUUUCAGCGGUGAAUUACUACAGUUUGUGCUGUAGCUUUGUUUUUGUACUAGAACUAUGUUCUGUAUCCGUAGAGGGAUAUGGAAUCUGUCAGUUCAACACAAAAAUCAUCAGAGAAAAGACUCCACUGCAUUCAGUAAUACUGCUAUAGAAAUGAAAAUGCAGGGAAUGUCAGGUUGUGCACAUUCAUAAAAUACUCUGGUCUCUCCGUAUAAUUGCCUCUGUUAUCUGUGGCAGAAAUCAGCCUUUAUGUCAGAUUUUCCUGAUCACUAUUUUGCGUUAAGAGACUGAUGGUAACAGAAAAGAUAAAAGACCAGAAAUGACUCAUAUAGCUCCACGGUCAGCUCCCACAGAAGCUAUUUAAAUUCACUCUGCUUUGUCAUUUCAUAUUCUAAUUAUUUUUCACAGCUGAUUCUUCCACAUUAAAGUGGGUUUUUAAAGGAAAUUGAGCAGUCUAAUCCCUCUUGAUAUAUGUAAAAUUGUAAAAGUAGUCAAAUUGACUCUUGAGGUUGUAUUGCAAAAUCUUAGAAUUUUAAGGUAAUUUGAAAUAAAUGGAAGGUGAAGGGUUUGUUAGUAUUUGUUUUGGUACAAAGCAUUUUGUUCUAUUCAACUCUCUUAUAUUAGCUGAUUGGCCGAAAUCUUCCACUUGUGAUGAUAAUGAUUAAUGUGAUUAUUACUGACUCCAAGCCAUAGCAAAAUGACAACUCUACUAUUUUACAUGCAUGCGGGCGACAAAACGUCAGUGUUGUUCAUCAUUCCUGCUUCAGUGACUGUGACCCUGUGUCAGGGACCAAAGUCAUAGAUCAAUAUUGUUAUUGCUGGUUCAAUUGAGUAAUUGAGAAAAAAAUACAUCUUGACACAGCUCAAGUGGAUAACUCAUCUGCUGACAUGCAAGGUAUUUUAAUUAUUCAUUUUCCAUUUUUCUAUACACACUGAGUUCAGUUUUUUGAGUGACCCAGUUAUAGCAAUUUCUCAUUUUUGUUUGUACUAUUCAUUCAAUCAUUUGCAAAAGUUUGUCUUUUAUUUGUCAUUUAUCAAAUCCACAUUCUCUGUACAGAUGACUGAUUGAGCACUUUGUAACUCAAGUUGUAGCUUAUUGCAAUGUUCAUCGAAUUCAAGCUUUCUUCCUGCCAAAUACAUUUUUAAAUAAAGCUUUUCAAUGACGGUUUUGGACUUUA